AUGAAAUUCUCCAAAGUCUCCCUACUGGUUGCAUCUGCAUCCGUCGCUUUAUCUGCUCCAGUCGCCGUCACUGUCACACAACAUGUCCAUCAAGCUGCCACUGUAGUGGUGCAGGGCAUAGUUUAUGUGGAUAACGGCCAGACUUUGACAACAUUCGUUACCAAAAACCCUCCAACUCCUGCAGCUGCCGAUACAGCCACUGCCACAGCCACUGUCGCAGCUAUAACUACUGCAACGGCAUCCGCUCCUAUAGUGGUCGCAAAUGCCCAAGUGGACAGUGUAGCUUCUUCCGUCAUCCAAGAAAGCGCUGUAGCAGAACCUACAACUUCUGAAGAAUUCUCUACCGCAUUUUCUGAGGCAUUUUCAACUGCAACUUCUGAAGGCUUCUCUACCGCCACUACGAUCGUACAAUCAGAACAGGUAUCCACACUUGCUGCUCAGGAAGAUGUGACUACAUCUUCAACAUCAUCAGCACAACCAACCACCACUGCCACUCCAACUACCACUACUGCCACUCCAACUACCACCACUGCCAGCCCAACUACCGCCUCAGCUACCCAUUCUUCGGACUCUGAUUUCUCAACUUCGAUGGUGAACGAACAUAACACCAAAAGGGCGCUACACAAGGACACCGGUUCCUUGACAUGGUCCGACACUCUAGCCACAUAUGCGCAAAACUAUGCUGACUCCUAUGAUUGCUCGGGGAACUUGGUGCAUUCCGGUGGUCCAUACGGUGAAAAUUUGGCUUUGGGUUAUGGUACAACUGGCUCUGUCGAUGCUUGGUAUAAUGAAAUUUCCAGCUACGAUUAUUCCAACCCAGGUUUCAGUGAAAGCGCAGGUCACUUCACCCAAGUCGUCUGGAAGGGAACUUCCGAAGUCGGCUGCGGUUUGAAAUCUUGCGGUGGCGCAUGGGGUGAUUACAUCAUUUGUUCUUACAAAGAUGCAGGUAAUUAUAUUGGUGAAUUUGCUGAAAAUGUUAUGCCAUUGGCUUAA